AUGAGCGCAUAUGGUCUGUACCCAUGUCCCUACCCCGACGAAAUUUUCCCUUGCGUGUGCUCCUUCAUUGAAGAAACCCGCGACAUAAUACUGGACUGCUCAGAUGCGAACUCCAGCUCCGAUAUAUCUUCCGCCCUCAACGAUGCCUUCUGGUUCACCAACAGACUGAAGAUGUUCUACUUGGGCGAUGAUGACGUGGUGGAGGAACUUUCAGAAGGAGUCUUCAAGAGAGUAACUUUUGAGAUAAUUGAUGUCGAGAACGCGAAAGUGGCAUCUAUCCAUCCAUCGGCCCUGCUCUCAUCUCAAGACCAUCUCAAGGUGGUGCAAAUCCGGCUUUGCCCGAUGAAGGAGUUUCCUUGGGACACCCUGCCACAACUGACCAGUCUCCUAGCACUCUACCUGAAAAACAAUCGGUUGACUGCGAUUCCGAGCAUCCAAAGCCCCAGCCUUCAGAGCUUGGUCGUUUCUCAAAAUCGAAUAUUCAAACUGGAAGCUGGAUGGCAAGCGCCAAACCUUACCGCACUCAUCAUGAGUGGCAAUCCCAUCACUGGGUUCCCCCAUGGCUUUUUCGAGGGCUUCGAUAACUUGGUGCAAUUUGAUUGCAAUAGUUGCAAGCUGGGACCGACUCUGUUCAACGGGACUCUGAAUUUCCGCAGCGAAAACUUAACAGAAUUAUCGCUCAUCCACAACAACAUCUCAACCAUUGAACCAGACGCCAUAACAGGUCUGACACCCAACACUGUUAUUUAUCUUGAGGCGAACCACAUCACGGAAUUAACCGAAGAGGCAUUCCGCCCAAUGCUGGACGUCCUCUCAUAUGGGAAUGGAUACAUUGACCUUUGGGAUAAUCCUAUCAUGUGCGGAUGCAGCAUGGCCUGGGUGGUGGUCGAGCCAUACUAUUUUGGUAGAGUUUUGGGCUAUUGCCACGACGGAAAUUCCAUGGAAGAUUUGGAUCCUGAUGUCUUCAAGAAGUUUUGUAUCAAGAUGAAUCCCCCGAUGCCAGGCGAAUACUCCACUUGGAUCGAUCUUGAUUAAAGUUCGUAGAUGGACAGACGGUCAUACAUUUCAAGGCAUCAGGCUUCAUCCUGAAUAAAACGAUGUUGACUCUAAUCUGCUAAUCCGGUGCUUUUAGUGAAACAGAACGGGGAAGCGCAACGCAACAG